AUGCCUGCCCCUACAGCCUUAAAAAAGGCUGAGGAGACCCCGCUCCAAGCUGUGGCGGCCUCGUCUCAAACGCAAGAUAACGGGGGCGGGUUUCUGCUCGGGGAGCCAGAUGCUAUGCCAGUAGAUGCAGACGCCGCACCAACAGCAGAUGAACAAGAAGAUGAUUCAAUGGCCAUCGAUGAGGAGGGUCGACCUCGAUUUGCUCCAUCCAGGGAUAUUGAUCCCGUGACAAGAGUUGAAACUCGAAAGAUCCCGGUGCCGCCGCAUCGAAUGACGCCGCUAAAACAAGCAUGGCCGUCUAUUUACCCUCCUCUAGUUGAACACCUGAAACUACAAUGUCGAAUGAAUAUUAAACGCAAGACGGUCGAAUUGAGGACUUCGCAGCACACAACCGAUUCUGGGGCGCUACAAAAAGGCGAGGACUUUGUGAAGGCUUUCACCCUUGGCUUCGACGUUGACGACGCUGUUGCUUUGCUUAGAUUGGAUGAUCUCUAUAUCGAAACUUUCGAGAUCAAAGACGUCAGGAUCAUGCACGGUGACAGCCAAGCACGUGCGAUUGGCCGCAUUGCUGGCAAGGAUGGAAAAACUAAAUUCGCAAUUGAGAACGCCAGCAGAACUCGAAUUGUACUGGCCGACUCUAAAAUUCACAUUCUGGGCGGAUUCAAGAAUAUCCACAUGGCACGAGAGUCGGUCGUGAGUUUGAUUCUUGGCAAGCCACCAGGCAAGGUGUACGGAAACCUAAGAACCGUUGCUGCAAGGAUGAAGGAGAGGUUUUAA